GUCCGUCGCCAUUCGAGCCGCCUUGCCAGCCCAAUACGCUCUUUUUCUUGGAAUUUGUGCCGGGAUGUUGUGUUUUUUUGGUUCGGUCGUGCUGGCUCUGCUUCUUGCCUCGUGUGCGGCGGUUCGUUAGAAUGGUGGUCUGGUUGUACUGCGAGAGUUUGCGAGGCGCAGUUUUGUAGAGCUUCAGUACCAUCCGCUUGAGGUUUUCUUGAUGCGGGCUUCUAUUUUGUUUUUAUUGUUUUUAUUGUUUGUUUUUUUAAUAUUUUUUAGGUGAAUUAGGAGAGGUAGAUAUGAUUAGAGAUCGCUGCGGAUGUAUCAUGCGGCUUCAGUGUCGGGUCGUAGGCGUUCUAUGUCUUGCGCUCGACCCUGUGAGCUGCAUGAAAGGGCAUGUAUUGUCGUCUUCGAGAUGCGUUAUUUUAUUUAUUUAUAUUUUAUUUUCUCUUGGCUGUUCGUUGGAGCUCGAAAGCAUGGCUCUACACGCUCUUGCAUUAGUCGAUGGGCGCGGAUAUGCAGCGAGAAGGAAUUGUCACCUGUCAUUUUCCGGGCGUUGAACAUAUGUGUUUUGCUAGAUUGAUUGGAGAUCAGGGUCUUGGUUGGGCCCAAAGUUUUAUUUUACAUUCAUCUGUAGAAUUUUUGAUUGCGCGGGCUUGGGGAAGUAUCGGCUCAAUGUGUGCCGAUCAUCAGCUUUGAGUGCGUGAAUCCUCGUUUUUCCGCCCACGGUCGCUCGCCCACCGUUUGAAGUCAAUUGCGCUCUUCAAGUCCUUUCUGAAUUCCGAUUCCCCCUACCAUUCUAGUGCUGUCAAUGCAAGUCAUAUUGUUCACAACUGACCAUUUCGCCCCACCCUUACCUUUAUUCAUCUAGAGCCUGGGUUUUAGUGCAAACCAAGUCCCUUUGUGAGGAUUUGAUUAGAAUAACUUGAUUACGAAGGCUUUUUUCGGUUUUCUUACGAAUCUAUCUUGAGGAUGGUAGAGUUUGUUAAGGAUGGAGCCACAGGCAUGGAGAAAGUCCUGCUGCGUGAGCCUGGGGGCGCAACGGCACAGAUUCACCUCUACGGCGGGCACGUCACUUCUUGGAGAAAUGAGAGAGGGGAGGAGCUACUUUUCUUGAGCUCCAAAGCCAUCUUUAAGCCUCCUAAGGCAAUCCGCGGAGGUAUUCCAGUGUGCUUUCCGCAGUUCGGUGGUUUUGGUGCUUUAGAACAGCAUGGAUUUGCCAGGAAUCGAAUGUGGGCUGUGGACAUAAACCCGCCUCCUCCACCUCCAUUCGCCGGCACUGGCCCUAACAAGCCCUACAUUGAUCUAGUUUUGAAGCCGUCGGAUGAUGAGUUAAAAAUAUGGCCUCACAACUUUGAGCUCUACCAGAGAGUGAUGAUAGGGUUUAAUGGUGAACUUACAUCAAUUAUUCGGGUUCGCAAUACAGACACCAAGCCUUUCACCUUCACGUUCGCGUUGCACACAUACCUGUCUGUCUCAGACAUCAGCGAGGUCCGUAUUGAGGGGCUUGAGACUCUAGAUUUCCUUGAUAAUUUGCAGGAGAAGGAGAGGUUCACGGAGCAGGGAGAUGCGAUCACCUUCGAUUCUGAAGUAGAUCGCAUCUAUCUGGGAACCCCUACCAAGAUAGCCAUCAUAGAUCAUGACAAGAAACGGACAUUUGUACUCAAGAAGGAGGGUCUCCCAGAUGCGGUGGUGUGGAAUCCCUGGGAGAAGAAGGCCAAAGCGAUGGCAGACUUCGGUGACGAUGAAUACAAGCACAUGUUGUGCGUGGAAGCAGCCGCGGUGGAGAAGGCGAUCACGUUGAAACCGGGAGAAGAAUGGAAAGCGCGUCAAGAGAUUUCGGCAGUGCCAUCCAGUUACUUCAGUGGCCAACUAGAUCCUUGUAAGGUCCUUAACGGAUGAUUUGUUUUUGUAGAUAUUCAGAUUUUCGGUUAGUUCUAGUGUUUACAUGUUUACAUCUGUUGUCGAAUAUAAUUUGCAGUGGUUGUCAUCUAAAUAGAACCCCCAUGUUUAAAAGACGCCCCAUGUUGUAAUACGUCGCAAGAGGAACUCGCUGAAUAUUUUAGAUUUAGAUUCUCAUGAGGGCUUAGUCAACGUGGACAGCUUUCAGCUGUUACACCGACGCGACAUUUUUCUAUAGUAGGAAUCGAUAAGAUAGAUGCACGUUCUCAGAUGUGGAAGCAGUUGACCCUCUACCCCUAACCAAAUCUAUUUCCAUUAGACAAGUGGACCUCAACCUGCCCUACAUAACUUCAUUCUCAGAGGCUGCUCCUAGUAUCUUGGUAUUACCAUGAAAGGUUCAACUUCAGUGACGAGCCUUUAUGUACGUGUCAUAGAGUGAGGGGCUGUGUGCUGCACUAAUGUAUGCCUGGCAAUUGAGACUUACUCGUCUUUGAUUGUGUUCCGAUGGGGCAUAUAUUUCGUCUUUGUGAAUACUCUUGUGUUAGGUGUAAUGUCUGCCUGCAGACGUGAAGUUAAUUAAUGAGCAUCACACUCAGUUCCAUAGGAGUGAUAUACUGAUCAUCCUGGUAGCUUCCCUUUUUGGCGACAGAUAGGUAGUUGAAGUAGCUUGUACAGUGUUGGAAACCGGUCAACCGAGUCAUAUCCAGUGGUGGCAUUUUGAGGCUGUUAUGCAAUACUUUUGCAUCUAUUGCUAGUUUAAUUUUUCCGAAACAAUUCUCA